AACCAAGCAAACGCUACCGUGGUUACGAAACGAAAAAAUGUCUAUAGAGGUUAGGUUAUGGUAACUAUUAUCGGCAUCAACGAAUGUAGACGCAUAUCUAAAUUCACUGGCGACAUACUGCAUGUUCUGACAGUGACAAAUAAAGAAAGUGAUCAAAAUGAGUGCUGACCAUUUUACAAUUGUGGCUAUAAUAAAAAAACAUGGGAACAUAACUAAAAUGGAAUAUUCGUAUGUUCCACAUCAAUGGGUCAAAGACGAUUAUUUUGGCCGUCAAACCAAUCUUUGACAUUGAGGAAAGAUCCAUCAAGUGCUCCUGAAUCCAAUUGGAAGAAGUUUAAAUAUAAAGUUAAAAAGGACUACAUUUUCGAAAAGGAUGAAGCCGAAUUAUGGGAAGAAGAAUUUCUAAAUGCAUCGUGUACUGAGUCAGAAGAAACAAAAUAUCAAGUCCCAUAGGGAAGAAAUAAAUAUAACUUAUCUAAACGAAGGUGGUGUACUCAUACCAGAAUUCAAGGAUAACAAUUGUUUGAACACUGUAGAUGAUGUGCUAAUACAUGAAUCAAAUUUAAUAAAUAACGAGGAAACUUUACUAAGUAUUAUAUUUGAUGCACUCAAGGAUAUUCAAGAACGACUGAAACGAUUAGAAGAAAAUCAAGUACGCAUACUGGAAAUGAAGUCGUCAGAUAAUUCCAUAUCUAAAUUCACACUGGACAACUUGUAUACCAUGGUGAAAAACUUGCACGAUAAUAGGUCUAUUAUUAAAACCACAGAUUCAAAGUCGACAACUGACUGCGAAGAGCCAAAUGAAUUUUAAAGAAAAUUCAUUUUCCCAUUGAAUAAGGUUUCUGAUGCCCUGGCAUUUAACUUAGCACUUAGUGAUAAAGAUCUAAGCUACAAAAAAUAUUUGGUAACUAUGUACUUAUAAUCUAUUCACCUACUUCGCCUACUUCUGUGAUAUUUCAUUAUUACCUAUUUUAAUAGACAAUAAGAUUUACAAAUAAGCAAAAAAUAAGUGCAUAAUAUUUACUAUAAUCCAAGUUAGUUUCAAAAUUCGCUUUUUUACUAUAUGUAUGUGAUACUGAGUACGAGUAUAAACAAUAUGUGACAAUUAACUCGGGUUGUAUUGAGUAUUAUGCACUUAUUUUUUUGUUUAUGAGUGUAUUUUAUUGACUACUGAAAUGUACAACAACCCAGUGAACACAACGUUAAAUGUAACGUACAUGUUAGUUGUAAUUUCCGUCGUUCAACUCAACGAUGUAACUGUUAUAUAACACGUAUGUUAUAUAACAGUUAUAUUGUUGAAUAGAAAAUUAUAAGUAACAUGUACGUUACAUGUAACGUCGUGUUGACUGGGAAUAUAAUGUGACUUUAGACAUCGCAUUUGAAACCUGUGUUAGAAAUGGAGUCGAACUGGGACGUCGUACUACUCGUACUCAGUAUCGCAUACAGAACAUAAAACAGUGGUUAUAAAACUAAUUCGGGUUAGGAUGAUUAUUAUGCACUUAUUUCUUGUUUGAGAGUGUAAUUAUUGACUACUCUAAUUCACAUUACAUAUUUUUAUAUAAUAUAUAAUUUAUUAUAUUUUUAGCUUAAUACUUUCCAAAAGAUUGGCGGCAUAGAAGGGAUGGAAGACGGGAGAAUGGUCGCUAAAAAUUUACUAGCCAUUUUCUUUACAAAAGAAUUAUUGACGAUGUUUUCAUGGACAGGGAUCUCCAGGACGGAGGGAUUAAAGAAGGAAGCAUUUCAAUCGUGCCACGGAAUAAUUAAUUUCUUUGCAGAAAUUGUUGGACGUGCAGAUUCGCGAUGGACCCUUACGAAAAAAUACUAUUAGUGGUAAUAGUGUCACUA